CCGCCUCCCUCCAGCCUCCCCGGCGGCGCCGGCCCGCGGCAGCCCCGCAGUAUGAGGUGGUGCUGGCCGCUCGGGGCCGUGGCGCGGCCGCUGCGGCGGCGGCUGCUAGGGGAGCGCUGAGGGAGACCCCGGGAGCGGCGCGGCGGACGCGCUUCCCUCCGGCGCGCACGGGCUUCGAGGCUUUUCUUCUCUAGCCGAGGGGACGCGGCUGUGCUACGAAGACCGAGUGUGGACAGUAAUGACCUCACGUUUCCGAUUGCCUGCUGGCAGAACCUACAAUGUACGAGCAUCAGAGUUGGCCCGAGACAGACAGCAUACUGAGGUGGUUUGCAACAUCCUUCUUCUGGAUAACACUGUACAAGCUUUCAAAGUUAAUAAACAUGAUCAGGGGCAAGUUCUGUUGGAUAUAGUCUUCAAGCAUCUUGAUUUGACUGAGCGUGACUAUUUUGGUUUACAGUUGGCUGAUGAUUCCACAGACAACCCACGGUGGCUGGAUCCAAACAAACCAAUAAGGAAGCAGCUAAAGAAACUGCUUUUAUUAAUUCUAGGAGGAUCUCCUUACAAUUUGAACUUUAGAGUCAAAUUUUUUGUAAGUGACCCCAACAAGUUACAAGAAGAAUAUACAAGGUACCAGUAUUUUUUGCAAAUUAAACAAGACAUUCUUACUGGAAGAUUGCCCUGUCCUUACAAUACUGCUGCCCUUUUGGCUUCAUAUGCUGUUCAGUCUGAACUUGGAGACUACAAUCAGUCAGAAAACUUGCCAGGCUACCUCUCAGAUUAUUCUUUCAUUCCUGACCAACCUCAAGAUUUUGAAAAAGAAAUUGCAAAAUUACAUCAGCAACAUACAGGUUUAUCUCCUGCAGAAGCAGAAUUUAAUUACCUGAACACAGCACGUACCUUAGAACUCUAUGGAGUUGAAUUCCACUAUGCAAGGGAUCAAAGUAACAAUGAAAUUAUGAUUGGAGUGAUGUCAGGAGGAAUUCUGAUUUAUAAGAACAGGGUACGAAUGAAUAUCUUUCUAUGGUUGAAGAUUGUAAAAAUUUCGUUUAAGUGCAAACAGUUUUUUAUUCAACUUAGAAAAGAAGUGCAUGAAUCUAGAGAAACAUUAUUGGGAUUUAAUAUGGUGAAUUACAGAGCAUGCAAAAACUUGUGGAAAGCAUGUGUAGAACAUCACACAUUCUUCCGUUUGGACAGACCACUUCCACCUCAAAAGAAUUUUUUUGCACAUUAUUUUACAUUAGGUUCCAAAUUUCGGUACUGUGGGAGAACUGAAGUCCAGUCAGUUCAGUAUGGCAAAGAAAAAGCAAAUAAAGACAGGGUAUUUGCAAGAUCCCCAAGUAAGCCCUUGGCACGGAAAUUAAUGGAUUGGGAAGUAGUAAGCAGAAAUUCAAUAUCUGAUGACAGGUUAGAAACACAGAGCCUUCCAUCACGAUCUCCACCUGGAACUCCUAAUCAUCGAAAUUCUGCAUUCACACAAGAGGGAACCCGGUUACGACCAUCUUCAGUUGGUCAUUUGGUAGACCAUGUGGUUCACACUUCCCCAAGCGAAGUAUUUGUGAAUCACAGAUCUCCAUCUUCAACUCAAGCUAAUAGCAUCGUUCUGGAAUCAUCACCAUCACAGGAGACCCCUGGAGAUGGGCAGCCUCCAGCUUUACCACCCAAACAAUCAAAGAAAAACAGCUGGAACCAAAUUCAUUAUUCAUAUUCUCAACAAGAUCUAGAAAACCAUAUUAACGAAACAUUUGAUGUUCCAUCUUCCCCUGAAAAAUCUACUCCUAAUGGUGGUAUUCCACAAGAUAAUCUUGUUCUAAUCAGAAUGAAACCUGAUGAAAAUGGAAGGUUUGGAUUCAAUGUAAAGGGAGGGUAUGAUCAGAAGAUGCCUGUGAUUGUGUCCCGAGUAGCACCAGGAACACCUGCUGACCUCUGUGUCCCUCGAUUGAAUGAAGGGGACCAAGUUGUGCUGAUCAAUGGUCGGGACAUUGCAGAACAUACCCAUGAUCAAGUUGUCCUGUUUAUUAAAGCUAGCUGUGAGAGACAUUCUGGGGAACUUGUACUCCUGGUUCGACCUAAUGCUGUAUAUGAUGUAGUGGAAGAAAAGCUGGAAAAUGAGCCAGACUUCCAGUAUAUUCCUGAGAAAGCCCCACUAGAUAGUGUCCAUCAGGAUGACCAUUCCCUGCGGGAGUCAAUGAUACAGCUAGCUGAGGGGCUCAUCACUGGAACAGUCCUGACACAAUUUGAUCAACUAUAUCGGAAGAAACCUGGAAUGACAAUGUCUUGUGCCAAAUUACCUCAAAAUAUUUCCAAAAAUAGAUACAGAGAUAUUUCGCCUUAUGAUGCUACACGGGUCAUUUUAAAGGGUAAUGAAGACUAUAUCAAUGCAAAUUAUAUAAAUAUGGAAAUCCCUUCUUCUAGCAUUAUAAAUCAGUAUAUUGCUUGUCAAGGGCCAUUACCACACACCUGUACAGAUUUUUGGCAGAUGACUUGGGAACAAGGCUCCUCUAUGGUUGUAAUGUUGACCACACAAGUUGAACGUGGCAGAGUAAAGUGUCACCAGUAUUGGCCAGAACCCACUGAAAGUUCAUCCUAUGGAUGCUAUCAAGUCACCUGCCACUCAGAAGAAGGAAACACAGCAUAUAUCUUCAGGAAGAUGACACUAUUUAACCAAGAGAAAAAUGAGAGUCGUCAACUCACUCAGAUUCAGUACAUAGCCUGGCCUGACCAUGGAGUUCCUGAUGAUUCAAGUGACUUUCUGGAUUUUGUUUGUCAUGUACGAAAUAAGAGGGCUGGCAAGGAAGAACCUAUUGUUGUUCAUUGCAGUGCUGGAAUUGGAAGAACUGGGGUUCUUAUUACUAUGGAAACAGCCAUGUGUCUCAUUGAAUGCAAUCAACCAGUUUAUCCACUAGACAUUGUAAGAACAAUGAGAGAUCAACGAGCCAUGAUGAUCCAGACACCUGAGCCAAUAAUCCCUAGCACAGGAGUUGGCGAAUAUUGCCUGUAAGCCAAAUCUGGCCUGCUACUUGUUUUUGUAAAUAAAGUUUUAUUGGAGUACAGCCAUGCCCAUUUGUUUACAUAUUGUCUAUGAAUGCUCUCACACUAAAAUACCAGAGUUCAGAAGUUGUAACAGGCACCAUAUGAUUUGCAAAGCCCAAAAUAUUUACUAACUGGUCUUUUACAGAAACUGUUUGCUAGUACCACCUUAUCAUAUUAAUUCUUGAGUGCUUAGCAGGUACAGGGGAACUUUCCA